AUGAAGCUUUUCAAUGCCCAAGCGCAAGACGGCCAGAUCUCCAUUGUCCUCACGCCUCGUGACCCGACGAUCAUGACAGUCUUCAUGAAAAUCCCGUCCGGCCUGUGGGUGCUCAAGCAGAAGUGGAAUGCUCACGCUGGAAUGAUGAAGCCCGGGCUCAAGAUGUUUUGGCCGUCGUGGUACUGCGUCUCGCACGUUGUGACUAAACAAGCCGUAACUUUCUCGAAUCCGGUGCACGGGUGCCCCACGUCCGACAACGUCAUGGUGGACAUUGACAUCUCCAUCAGCUUCCAGAUCGGACCAACCGAGAACGACGCGUACACGUUCGUGUACAAUUUGGGGGCUCAUCGGUUCGACGAGCUGCUGUACAGUCUCACGGAGGAGGCUAUCCGCGGUCUUGUGCACUCGGUGCGCCACGAUCAAGUCCACGAUCUACGCGAGGAGUUCGCGGUGGGGAUGAAGACGGACCUCAACGCCAAGUUGAAAUCCUACGGCGUCUUCAUUCAGAACGUCAAAGUGACCAACGUCUCGCUCCCGAGAGCGUUAUCUACGACUCUGGAGGAGACGACGGCGUUUAAGACGCGGAUGGAGGAGCAGGAGAAAAACCAGGAGAACCAGAUGCGGAUCCUGGUGAACCAGGAGACCCAGAAGCUCACGGCGCUGGAGAAGAAGAACGACCGCGCGAUCCAGAAUCUGCGGGCGGAGAGCGAGCGCGCGGCGAUUAUUCGCGACCAGAGACGCACGAUGGCUGAGGCUAAAGCCCAAGUGAUGAUCGCCGAGCAUGUAUCGCUGAAUGAGAACAAGGUUAAGGCUGCGGAGGGAGACAAGGCCAAUGCUGUUGCUAGUGCAACAGCGCAGACGGUGGAGCGCAAGGCGCUGCCCAUCGCGGAGCUGAAAAGCCUCAAAGCAAACUUCGAUCGGUUCGUGGAUGCAGCGAAAGUUCGCGCUGAAGCGAAGAUUCAAGCCGCGGAGAAGGAGGCGGCGAAGAUUAUGGCGAAUGCCGAGGCUGAGAUUCUGCGGAGUUUCUGGUGGCUAAGCAAGAAGCUGGGUGCUGAGGCCUCGCUGCUGGAAGCUGUCCCCAUUGUUGUGAGCGGGAAGAAUGGCGACCAACUCAUUGAAAGGACUGUGCUGCGGGCGAUGCAGACUUUGAAUUGA